AUCAGACUCGAACAUGUCGCUCGAAGACAGGCUCGCGAGCCUACGCGCCGGGAAGGCGCCGACGGCGCUCGCCCGCCCGCUCCUGCAGCCGCUUGGCGACGUCACCUUCACCGAGGUCAGCGAAGACGAGUGGGACGACGAGCCAAUAUCAUACAUCGCGCCGCCGCCGUCGCAGUCGACACGAACGCCCCCCAGUUCCGAGCCGCGUACCACCAUGUACACGUCUAUGGCGACGCCGCCGCCGUCCGAAGGCGCCCCUCGCACGCCGCCCGUGUACGCCGAAGCGCCACUGCCAUCGAAGUCUGUCAAUGCGAGCGCGCUCUACGAGACGGCGCUAAAGAUUGCAACGGCCGCUAUGGACAACGAGCGGGCGCGUCGCUUCACGACCGCGAUCGACGGCUAUGCUGAGGCUGGAAGCAUUUUCAUCGAGAUUGGCCGACAAGAAAGUGACGCGCGCGUUCAAAUGACCAUGAAGAAGAAGGCGUUCUCGCUGCUUACGCGGGCCGAGGCGCUUGCGACGUGGUUCGACAAGGUGCAAGUCGAGGCGUCGACCGGACUCAACAUUAGCGAGGCUCUCACCCAAGCGGAAGAGGCGACGUCGAAAGAAGUGACGGAGAAUGAAGAGCAGGUCCGCGUCAUGACGCAAGAGCUCCAGCAGCUCAAGUACGCGUCCGACCUGCGCGCGUCGUCGGUAGAAGAGAUUGCCGAGGUGACGGCAGCGCCGCAGGUGCAAGAUAUGAAGCUCGCCCUUGUGAACGAAAUGCACAGCCUUCUCAACCUCCCAGAGGUCGACCACCUCCGCACGUUCAAGCCACUAAGCGAAGACGCGACCAAGGAUGCGUAUGCGGUGGAGCUCGCACAACAGGUCGAAAGCUUGAAGAAAGAGCUUGCAUUCGAGAAGGCUACCCACGUGCUCGGCAACUUUGUGCGGAAGAAGCGGUUUCAGGCAGCGGCCUCAGUCGACGAUGAAGAGCAGAAUCGCCUCCAGACUGAAGUCGAUCGACUACGCGCCGAGCUCAAGGCCCACCAGGCGAUGCUCGCCGAGGCGCCCUCGAAGCGUCCGAUGACGACUAUUCUCGUCCCGACGUCACCGCGGCGACCGCCAACCGCACAGAAGCCAUCGCCGCAGAAAGGUGGGUUUUUUGCUGCGUUUGGGCGAAAGAAGGGUGGGUCGCACGCGCCGCCUGAGUUCUUCAUGGGCCCGCGAGGCUUGAAAAAGCAGCAGCAGGACGAUAGCUCCCCGCGCCGUCGGUCAGACCCGUCACUGCAGUCGCCGAGGGAGCUCCGUCGACAGCGGUCGACGUCCGGCGACAAUACGUCGGUAGACUCGGUGUGGCUCUAGCACACUGCUAUUAUGCUGGUCCAAAGAUGUAUUUACCGUAAUCUUAAUUCGCCGACUUUGGCUCAACAA